CAAAUUUGUGCCUUUUCUUUUCUUUUCUUUUUGUUAGUUUGAGCAACAAAUAAAAAAUAAAGAAAUUUCGAAAUUUGAGCUUCGUUAAUCUGUACUUCGCUUCAGUGACAGGAAGUUGCGAGAAGCCUUUUCACCUCACCUCAUAAAUCUCCAUAUCUUUUCUCAAUUCCUACGCAAAGCUUCUUCUUACUUCUCCAACAUUUCAAGGCAAGCUCCUUUUCCUUUUCUCAAUCUGAAAAUCCAAACCCACUUCACUCUCACGAACUCCCCAACAUCAACGAUAAGCAGCUUUCCGAGCUCCGCCAAUGGCGUCCGCGACCUCCUUUGCUUCUGGGGUCGGUCUUCCUCUUCCCCAAUCGGUUUCUUCCAAAUGGUGCAAUAAAGCUGCUAUCUUUGCUCGCUCACACAUCUCCCUCAGCUUCCAUGCCAGAACCGAAUCCUUCAGGGCUUUAACUUGGCGGCAAUUGAGCCAAAACGGUGCGUUCCGAACUGGGUUGCGGAGAAAUAGUCGGAGUUCGAGGCCUUUUGUUGUGCGCUGCGAUGCUUCAACUGGAAGGAUUACACAACAGGACUUUACAGAAAUGGCAUGGCAAUCGAUUGUUUCGUCUCCAGAAGUGGCAAAAGAGAACAAACAUCAGAUAGUGGAGACUGAGCAUUUGAUGAAAGCACUCUUGGAGCAAAAGAAUGGCCUUGCUCGUCGCAUUUUCUCCAAAGCUGGGAUCGACAAUACCCGUCUUCUUGAGGCAACUGAUAAGUAUAUUCAACGCCAACCAAAGGUUCUUGGUGAAUCUGCGGGUUCAAUGUUAGGACGUGACUUGGAAGCCUUGAUUCAACGAGCCAGGGAUUACAAGAAAGAGUAUGGGGACUCAUUCGUCUCUGUGGAGCAUUUGGUUCUUGGUUUCACUCAAGAUCAACGAUUUGGGAAGCAAUUAUUUAGAGAUUUUCAAAUAUCCAAGGAAACUUUGAAAUCUGCUAUAGAAUCCAUACGGGGACGCCAAUCAGUUAUUGACCAAGAUCCUGAAGGAAAAUAUGAAGCACUUGAAAAGUAUGGAAAGGAUUUGACAGCUAUGGCAAAGGCAGGAAAGCUUGACCCAGUAAUAGGAAGAGAUGAUGAAAUACGCAGGUGCAUCCAGAUUCUCUCCAGAAGAACAAAGAACAACCCGGUGCUGAUUGGCGAACCAGGUGUUGGAAAAACUGCAAUUUCCGAAGGGCUUGCUCAAAGAAUUGUGCAAGGGGAUGUCCCACAAGCUUUGAUGAACCGUAAGCUAAUAUCCCUUGACAUGGGUUCACUAAUUGCUGGGGCAAAAUAUCGUGGAGAAUUUGAGGAUAGGCUGAAGGCAGUACUUAAGGAAGUAACAGAAUCAGAGGGCCAGAUAAUCCUUUUUAUUGAUGAGAUCCACACAGUUGUUGGGGCAGGUGCAACAAAUGGUGCAAUGGAUGCUGGCAAUCUCUUAAAACCCAUGCUUGGUAGGGGAGAGUUGCGGUGUAUAGGUGCAACAACACUGGAUGAGUAUCGUAAAUACAUUGAGAAAGAUCCAGCAUUGGAGCGUCGUUUCCAGCAAGUUUAUGUUGAUCAGCCUACUGUGGAAGAUACCAUUUCAAUACUCCGGGGACUGCGUGAAAGAUAUGAGUUGCAUCAUGGAGUCCGCAUUUCUGAUGGUGCACUCGUGGAAGCUGCGAUUCUCUCAGACCGUUACAUCAGUGGGCGAUUUUUACCUGACAAAGCUAUUGACUUAGUUGAUGAAGCUGCUGCUAAAUUGAAAAUGGAAAUUACGUCAAAGCCCACAGCCCUAGAUGAGAUCAACCGUUCAGUGUUGAAACUUGAAAUGGAGAGACUAUCUCUUACAAAUGAUACAGACAAAGCUUCUAAAGAGAGACUGAACCGCCUUGAGGCUGAGUUGUCUCUCUUAAAAGAGAAACAAGCUGAGCUGGCUGAGCAGUGGGAGCAUGAAAAAUCGGUCAUGACUCGCAUUCAGUCAAUCAAGGAAGAGAUUGACAGGGUAAAUCUUGAGAUCCAGCAGGCUGAACGAGAGUAUGAUCUCAACCGGGCUGCUGAGUUGAAGUAUGGGAGUCUGAAUUCUUUGCAGCGCCAACUUGUUGGUGCAGAAAAAGAGCUAGAUGAGUAUAUGAAGUCUGGGAAGUCCAUGCUGAGAGAGGAAGUUACUGGAAAUGAUAUUGCUGAAAUAGUCAGCAAGUGGACUGGUAUUCCUGUUUCCAAGUUGCAACAAUCGGAGAUAGAAAAGCUCUUGCACUUGGAGGAUGAGCUGCAUAAACGUGUUGUGGGUCAGGAUCCUGCAGUAAAAUCAGUAGCUGAAGCUAUUCAGCGGUCUCGAGCAGGUCUCUCAGAUCCUCAUCGCCCAAUUGCUAGUUUCAUGUUCAUGGGUCCCACUGGUGUUGGGAAGACAGAACUAGCUAAGGCCCUUGCCUCCUACAUGUUCAACACUGAAGAAGCACUUGUAAGAAUUGAUAUGAGUGAGUACAUGGAAAAGCAUGCUGUUUCCAGAUUGAUAGGAGCUCCACCUGGUUAUGUGGGGUAUGAGGAGGGAGGACAGCUGACAGAAACUGUUCGCCGGAGGCCGUAUUCAGUUAUUUUGUUUGAUGAGAUAGAGAAAGCACAUUCUGAUGUGUUCAAUGUGUUCCUUCAAAUUUUAGAUGAUGGGCGAGUAACUGACUCACAGGGUCGCACUGUGAGUUUCACCAACACUGUCAUCAUCAUGACCUCAAAUGUGGGUUCACAGUACAUACUAAACACUGAUGAUGACACCAUGCCAAAGGACUUGGCUUAUGACACUAUAAAGAAGCGGGUAAUGGAAGCUGCAAGAUCAAUAUUUCGACCUGAGUUCAUGAACCGAGUUGAUGAGUACAUAGUUUUCCAGCCCUUGGACCGUGAUCAGAUAAGCCGUAUUGUCAAGUUACAGUUGAACCGAGUACAAAAGAGAAUCGCAGACCGCAAGAUGAAAGUCAAGGUGAGUGAUGCAGCUAUCCAGCUUCUUGCAAGUCUCGGGUAUGAUCCAAACUACGGUGCUAGGCCAGUCAAGCGGGUGAUACAGCAGUACAUCGAAAAUGAGCUUGCCAAGGGCAUCUUGAGAGGAGAUUUUGGGGAAGAAGACACUGUAUUUAUAGACACAGAGGUUACCGCAUUUUCGAAUGGCCAACUACCCCAGCAAAAGCUUUUGUUCAAGAGGCUUGAAACUGAUGAUUCAGAAUCUCCAGCUGCAGAGAACCAAGAGGCUUUCUCAGAGACUCUAUAGAUGCUAACAAAGUUGGGGCGAGGUCCUCUGGACAUAGUCAGGAGAUUUCUUUCUUGUAUAUGGGAUAAUGUUAUGUUACGGAAACUUAUAAGCUUCAAAAUAUGCUUUAAUCAUUUGUUCAUAUAAAUAUUUCAUGUUUCCAAAAUCCCAUCGUUGCAGAUUUUGUUA